UGCUUGGUUUAAGUUGGUAAGAGUUUUCGCGACAGUCAAUUGUUUCAAAAAAACGCGUCGGUUUUCGAGAGUUGUUUUCUUUUUGGUCAAAGUUUUUCAAAAUUUUAUAAAUGUUUCUAAAAAAAUUUCUAGAAAAUAUGGGGAUUUGUUUAAAUUUGAGUGAGUUUUCGAAAACGCGUCGGUUUUCGGGAGUUGUCUUUGUGUCUAAACUUUUAAAAAACUUUAUAAAAAGUGCAGUGAAUAAUGUAACGCGAUUAAUUUUUUGUGAAAGUUUUAAAAAAUACGCGGAUUUUUAUCAAAAGUGUGUUCUAAUUAAGUUGGUGUGACUUUUUUUGUGAAAAAUACUGUUUUUUUCUCUUGUGAGUGACUUUUAAAUAUUUGAUUCAUCCAAUUUCGUCUAAAAACAAAGUUUGGGGUGUAGAGCUUUGGUUAUUUUGAAGAUUAUGGCGUUAAAUAAGGUGGAGAUGUUUUAAACCGCCGUGACUUGAGAUUUCAAUCACAAUUAAUGGGUUUUGUUGGGCGCAACUGAGCGACGACUUUUACCCGUUGCACAAUGAACGAAAGCAGCAACUUAACCGUCGACGAAGGCGUCGGCGACCCCGGCCUCAGCAUGACCAUCAUCUUCCAGACCAUUCUCUUCGCUGCCGUUUGCCUCGUCGGCCUGGUGGGCAACACCCUCGUCAUCUACGUGGUGAUCCGCUUCUCCAAGAUGCAAACCGUCACCAACAUGUACAUCGUCAACCUGGCCAUCGCCGACGAGUGCUUCCUCAUCGGCAUACCCUUCCUCCUCGUCACCAUGAUCAACAAGCAGUGGAUUUUUGGCAACGCCGCCUGCAAGGCGUACAUGAUCUCCACCAGCAUCAACCAGUUCACCAGCUCGAUCUUCCUCUGCAUUAUGAGCGCUGACAGAUACAUUGCCGUCUGCCACCCCAUUUCCUCCCCCAAGUGGCGAACGCCCUUGAUCUCCAGGAUCGUCUCCCUCCUGGCGUGGACCUGCAGCAUCAUGCUGAUGACGCCCAUCUUCGAGCACGCCACGGAAACCGAAAGUCCUUCAGGUCGAAAGUCGUGCAUUAUCGACUGGCAUAAUAAUGACAACUUUUCGGAGAAUUCGACAGCGGCGACUGGGGCCACCGUUUUUACGACUUAUACUUUUGUCUUUAGUUUCGCGAUUCCUCUACUUUUGAUUCUUGUUUUCUAUUGUUUGGUUAUCGAGAAAUUGAAGACAGUUGGACCGAAAAAUAAGUCAAAGGAGAAGAAAAGAUCGCAUAGGAAAGUCACUAAUUUGGUUUUGACGGUGGUUACAGUCUAUGUCUUCUGUUGGCUGCCCUAUUGGAUCACGCAGAUUGCUAUGCUUUGCAAUACUUCACUCUCCACCACCCAUUCUCCGUUCGUGGUGACUUUGCACUUGAUGGCCUCGUGCCUCAGCUACUCCAACUCAGCGAUGAAUCCCAUCCUUUACGCUUUCCUCAGCGACAAUUUCAAGAAAAGCUUCCUGAAGGCGUGCACUUGCGCCGCCGGUAAGGACGUCAACGCCACUCUCCAUCUGGAGAAUAGCGUUUUUCCCCGGAAAAACAAGCACGGUUCCGAGCGGAUGCGACCAACUCGCGGUACUUCGAUUUGUCCGAACAACGAAGACGAGUGUGACAUGGGACCAUUGGUUAGCAGAGGCGAUCAGUCGACUUCUGCCAUCACGAUGACUUCAAGGACGAACAUUACCUCGUUGGGCGACAGUCGAGAGACCAUAUCGAAGAGUAAUGCCGUUAAAAAUGGCAACAUUGUGACCAUUCAUCCGACUUGUUUGUAAAAAUUUCGUUUUUUGAUAUCAUAUCUGUGACAUUAGUGAUUUAGCAGGGUAUUUGUUUGUGUCAAUUUAAUAACUAGGAUCAGUGUCUUUGUGUUUGGAUGGAUAGGUUCGGUUGUGGUCCAGACGGCUGCGAUUUUUUUACGAUAAUUUUCCCACUGUUUUUUUAAGUGUCCUAUUCUCAACUAAAUUUAUUCGGGGAAAAUUAGUGGAAAAAAUUCGCCACCUGUUGGACUAUUAGUUAAGUUGUUAAAAUUUUGUAAAUAUUUAUUCUUCUAUAAAUGAGACAUAAUGUAAUUCACAAGAUUUUAGUACUUGAGCCCAUAAAAUCUUGUUUGCUAUUACAUUUUAUACUUUUAUAUCAUAGUUUUAUAAAAAUCAAAAGGUGAAAGCCACAACCGAUUCAUUUGUAGUGGCUUUCGCCCAAAAAUUCAAUGGCUGUUUUUUCAUGUUACAUGUACAUAGCGUUUUAGUUAAGACCUGUGAUAUUAACAUAAUUGAAAAAUAUGUAUAUAAUCACACAAUUAUCGAUUUUGUGUAAUUCCCCUACCGCACCAAUACUAUUUACAAAAACUAACUCUGUACCGACAACUUGCCAAAUAGCUGUACUACUUAGUGUGAAUGUAUACAAUAUAUUUCUCGUAUAAUAAACACAUACCUCAAAAGA